GGAGCAGGAUUUGUCUGAGAGGACCGUAUCUAACUGUUAUUCCUUAGUGUUUGAAGAAGCAGCAGGCUUUUAGUCAUGAAAGAUAUUGCUCUGUCGCUACUGAGUCGAGGCUGUGGCCAUGUUGUCCAGUCACAUCUGGGCAGUCAAGAUGGACGACUGGAAGUCUACUUCGAACCGAAGGACUACUAUCACUGGAAGUCUCAGCCCCCUCUGCUCCGCUUAUCUAAGAGUGGCCGUCUGCUGGGCGGGGAGGAGCCAGCGCUCCCUAAAACCUACAGCACAAGACAGGGACCCCUCUUCCUAUACUACCAGGAAAUGGCCGUGACGUCCCCGUUUCUGUCAUCAUGCCCCUCAGUGUCCGAGGACAUCAGGAAGAGGCAGGCCUCCCAACAUUCCAGACAGGAAGUGGAGCUCCAGCUGAACACUCUGCGGGACCUGACGGGAGCCAUACUGGCUUAUGGGAGAAAGCAGCUUCGUGAGGAAGGAGAAGGCAAAGACACCAACCAGCCUGUCCUCCCCCUCCCCUCCAGUCAUGAGCCCUACUAUCCUCCCAUCAAGCCCCCCUACCCCAGACACCCCACUAAGGGUUGGACUCCCUUCAGGUCUACCUGGAACUGCCAGGCAGCUCCCACCCACCUGGAGCAGCUUACAGAUGAUCCAGAGCUGUGUAGGGGCCAUGUCAAGACCCCACGCCCCACUCCAGCUACAGGUGGCCUUUACCUUCCCAGUCCUGGCCAGGCAGUCUCCUACAAUCCCUACAGGCAACCUCAAGUUCCUUUACCACCUAUACCAGAGGUGAACUGCUACAAAAGAGACAUAUCUCAUCCAGCAUCAGGGAUUGAGGUGAAUGAAGGGAACAAGCAUGGUGGAAACUUCUACUAG